AUAUACAGUAUGUACUGUAUAUGUAUGCAGACUGUGUGUGGGAAGCUUGUCCUAGGUUGGCUUUCCUGGAAAGUUUACUCUAGCAGUGUUGGAUGGAUGAAGUAAUCUCGGUCUGAGUCAAAUACUUCCCAGAAUAAUAUGGCUGGAAUGCCCACCCCUUUUCCUCUGCUGAAAACAAUGUUAAUGUAUAGCAUCUGUGGGCAGGUGAUGUGUAGUGGUAAAAUGGGAUGCACAUCAGUUAAUACUCAACCAGCAAACCCAUGUGCACAGGAGACUGAUGUCAGACUCCUAUGUGUCAGGUAAUGUGAUUUGGGUUAUUUCUAAUACCUGCAAUUAUUGUUUUUUUACAGUUACAAUUAGGAUGCUUGUUGGCUGCCAUAAAAAAGGGUUAAGGUCUAAAUGGAGAAUACUGGUGCUGUGACUUCAAAUGCGUCUCCCUUACUUAACAUGUUUGCUUGAAAUGUUAGGCUGCCAAAGAACCAUCAAAGAAGAGAAAUUUGAAUUUUGAAGCGAGAAUUGGGGAUAGGGGCAAAAAUGACGUCGGCAACGGACAGCUGUAUUCAGUUCACUCGACAUGCCAGUGAUGUUCUCCUGAACCUGAACCGUCUCCGAAGUAGGGACAUUCUGACAGAUGUGAUCAUUGUUGUGAACAGGGAGCACUUUCGAGCUCACAAGACAGUCCUUAUGGCUUGCAGUGGGCUGUUUUAUACAAUCUUCACCGACCAGAUGAAGUGCAAUAUGAACAUCAUAAACCUUGAUCCAGAAAUCAGUGCAGAGGGUUUCCGAGUCCUGCUGGAGUUCAUGUACACUUCUCGGCUUAGUUUAAGGGACAGCAGCAUCAUGGCGGUUAUGAGCACUGCACUUUACUUACAAAUGGAACAUGUUGUAGACACCUGUCAAAGGUUCCUCAAGACCAGCGAGGAUAUUGUGAGUUCUGUGAAACCAUCCAGAGGAGAGGAAUUCUUGCAAGGCAGGACGAUGUUACCUCCAGAUGUUAUGGCCUACAGAAACUGUGAGAUGCCAGAAAAUACUGUAUCGGUUCGUAACACAACCAUUUGUGAUGGAAGGUCCUACAUUCCCAACAUUUACAGUGGAUCUCCAUCCUCCUACCCUCUGUACAGUCACAUUCCAGUGCAUGGGUUCCUAUUUCCAGAGGAUGAGGCAAGAGAUGUGCAAAUGACUGAAAUGCAAAGAACCAGCAGGUAUCCUAAGGACAGUGUGUUACCUGGAGAAAAUUCAAGGACUGUGCUAGGAGAAUACAGGAAAGGUGUCUUGGAUAUAUCUGUAAAUAUGUGCCACAAUGUCUACUCUCCAAAGGAGGCAGCACUGGAAGACCCUCAUAGUGACUCUCACUAUAAUGUGCUGGCAGGCUCUCGGUCUGCAGGCCCCUCUGUUAGAAGCAGUCCAUACUACAGCUGUGACAAAGGGAAAGAUGAGGAGCGGACAUCUUCAGAGGAUGAAAUCACUCAGCACUUUAAACCAACAAACUCUCCUGUCAGUCGUAAGGGACUUGUAAGCCCUCAAAGCCCUCAAAAGUCCGAUUGCCAGCCUAAUUCUCCUACAGAAUCCAGCAGCAGUAAAAAUGCCCGCAUUUCACAAGGAUCUGGUUCUCCAGUGUCCAAAGCCUUUACUGACCCAAAAGCUUGCAACUGGAAAAAAUACAAGUUGCUUAAUUCCCUCAACCAGAAUGAAAAAGCAUGCGCCGCUCAAAGUGAAAUGGAAAACCUGUCUCCACAGUUCUACACAUCUCAAUCGUCCUGUCAACAGCAGGUGAAGUCUGAAAACCUGGACAUCCAGACGUCAUCUAAACUUAAUGGGAACACUGAUGACUCGGCAGUAUCACAAGCUAGCAAACUCAAUGGAAUUGUUAGCAGGACAAUGGAAGGAUCUCCCCUAAGCAGUGAAGGACAUUCCCCUCUCUACAUCCACACAUCUAAGUUCAGCAUGUUUUCAUCACAGUCCCCUCCUGAAAUGUGUCCUCACACCCCUGGCUCUAACUUCGGAGAAGAGAUAACUGAGACUCGGUCAGAAUAUUCAGAUUCAAGCUGUGAAAAUGGUACAUUCUUCUGCAAUGAAUGUGACUCUCGUUUCUCUGAAGAGGGUUCCUUGAAAAGACACACUCUACAAAUGCACAGUGACAAGCCCUACAAGUGUGACCGCUGCCAAGCAUCAUUCCGCUACAAGGGGAACCUGGCCAGCCACAAGACAGUUCAUACUGGUGAGAAGCCAUAUCGCUGUAGUAUCUGUGGCGCACAGUUCAACCGGCCUGCAAAUCUAAAGACCCAUACAAGAAUUCAUUCUGGAGAAAAACCAUAUAAGUGUGAGACCUGCGGAGCCCGCUUUGUACAGGUUGCCCAUCUCCGUGCACAUGUGUUGAUUCAUACUGGAGAAAAGCCCUACCCGUGUGAGAUCUGCGGCACUAGAUUCAGACACUUGCAGACGUUAAAGAGCCAUCUCCGUAUUCAUACUGGAGAAAAGCCCUACCAUUGUGAAAAGUGCAACCUCCAUUUCCGCCACAAGAGCCAACUGAGACUUCAUUUACGUCAAAAACAUGGAGCAAUCACUAACACAAAAGUCCAGUAUCGUGUGUCCUCCACAGAGCUUCCAGUGGAACUCCCUAAGUCUUGCUGAGCCCUGCCCACACCGAUUCUGGAGUGCCUCUCUUUGACCUGUUAGUGCAGAUGGGUGAAACAAAACGGGUUUAGCUAUUUUUAUUUUAUUUUUGUCCUGGUCAUGUGAAAUGUGCACCCUUUAGUGUAAAGAAACUAAUAUAUAUAAAUAUAUAUAUAUAUAUAUAAAUAUAUAAAAUAUAUUUUUCCUAUAUUCAUAUGGUGUAGUGCACUCUUUUAUCAUUUCAUCCUUGUAAUUCUCAGCACAAGAGAACCUGAGUGAUAUGGUAAUGACUGAAUUUGGAGAGCGGCUGGUGAUGCAAAAGGCAGGCUUACAGCCAGCUGUGCUGACCCAGCUUCUAAUGCACUGGUGCUCCCCUGUGGGGCAGUUUAUAAUGUCUGAAGCAUCAGCCAUAUAAAUGGAUGAAAUGCAGUCUAUAUGUAAAGCGGCUCAGUAAGGCCUUCUUGCUUCAGAACAUGAUUAGCAUGUUGGAGAACAUCUGUUGCUGAAGUAUAAGUGCCAGCUUUAAAUUUUAAGGUUCUUCUACUUCAACAAUGAUUGGAGGAUCAAAGUGUUUGAAGCCUAUAUUAAGGCAUUAUUAUAACUUGCUUACUUUGCUAAUAUUUGCCAAGAAAUCCUGCAGAAAGCACCUUUUUAGUGGCUUAUAGUGUGUUAUUUGGUAGAAUGGUAUUAGAACCAAAACCACAAUGUUUUGUGACUGAAAGAAAAAUGGUACAGAAUGGGAAUACCAGUCAUUUAGACAUGAAUCUUUAGAACAAUGUUACAAAAUUGAAUCCCUAUACUGGGGGAAAUGUAUUCUAUGGAUGCAACAAAGCCUAAGCACUUGAACUAAGCACCUUGUCUACAAGUAACUCUUGAACCCAUAAUUCAACCCCUACAGAUAUUUGAUGUGAUACAGAGAUUUUGAUGUGAUGUUUGGGACCUUCAAAGACAAUAGU